GUCUCGGCGCAAACUGGACAGCGCACUGGCGACUGCACUGCGCUUCAAUGUCGCACGAGUGCGAUCUCGCCUGCCGAAGACGGGCGCUGCGAGCCGGCACUUGAGGUGGCAUCCCAUGCCGAAAAUAAAAAAGCCGACGUAAUCAAGGACGUCACGCCCUCAUCUUUGUGAUUCCGCCGGUGGCAAGAAGUGAACCAUGGACGCUGCCCUCCGCGUGACCAAGCUGGCGCAAGCCCACCUCUCGAUCUGGACGCGCUUCUUCCGCGCGUUGACCAACUUCUUCUUCGGUGUCUUCUUUGGCCAAACCGAGCUCGAGCGCAUUGUGGCCAAGCCCGCGGACGACGUGCGCUCGAUGCUUGUGCGACUGCGCACGUCCAUCGCCCUCGAUGACUCGCUCAAGGACACGCAGAUGGCGAUCUUUGGCUUCAAGCCUUUCGAGACGGACGUGACGCUCGCGGCGCUGGCGCGCACCAAGAAGAUCGACUUGAGCAAGAGCCUCAUCGCCGAGGCCAACUUGCGCCAAUCGUUCAAGACAUUCCUUGCCGUCAACAACGUCUAUGCCAAGGUCAUUGCGCUCAAGGACGAGUCGUACGACUCGACCAACGAUGCCCACGAGGCCAUGCUGGAAGAGCUGUGGCGCAACCUCAAGCCGGACGUCCGACGCACGGGCGGCCGCCACACCAAAGAGUGGGGCGAGAUUGGCUUCCAGGGCACGGAUCCCAUGACCGACUUUCGGAGCAUGGGUGUCCUCUCGCUGCACCAGCUCCUCUACUACACGUCCAAGUACCCGGAAGAAGCGAGAAGUCUUAGCGCCCUCGUGCACUCCAACCACCCGACGCAGUGGUACCCGUUUGCCAUCACGGGCAUCAACAUCACCAACUUCCUCGUCGAACUCAUCAACGACCGCCUCUUGGACGCCCGCUUCUACGACAAGGACGUCCAUAUCGACGAGCUCCACGAGUUUUUCUGCCAAGUCUUUACGAUGUUUGACGCACUCUGGGUUGAGAGCAACCCGACCGACCUCAUGGCGUUCCCGACGAUUUUCAACCACCUCAAGGCCACGAUUCGGUUCGAGCUCCUCGAACAGUCCUUCUUCUAGGUACUCGUCGAAGAGAGACAUUGACUAACGCCAAGGACGUCAUUGAGACGCAAAUGUACUGCAUAUCGACUGUUGGGCU